CCUCGCAGUCACUCACACAUGGACAGGCGCUGACUGACAGGGUAGCGGCGCAGGGGGAGAGAGUGAUGGGGGCUGUCAGCCGGAGUCUGCACCAGUGCAACGCAGCCGACGGGAUUAAACUGCCAAAGCAACUAAGCGAUUAGCAGCGGCCAGUUUUGGGUAGACGUCGCUCGCCGCAUGUGCACGCCUGUCGGUGCCUGUGUGCCUGUUUGUGUGCUUGCGUGUGUGCGUGUGUGUGUGUGUGCGCAGACGGGGGCUCUCUACGCAAAACACCUAGCCGCAAAGACAACAUAAAUUUAAUACUAAUUGCAGGCACAUCCAAGCUCUCCGCUCUUCUGUAGGCGCGUUUCUUGAAGGAGGGAGUGGGAGAGGAGAGGGAGACGUGGUCGGCUAUGAUGAAAGAAAUCAGAUCGCACAGCGCAAGAAUUUAAAAGCACCCAAGAAAAACAAGAAGCGUGCCGAGCAAUGGAGAGCCAGGCAGCGGAGCAGCAGAGCUACCAGGACGUGCGGAUGUGCGGGUACCUCCGCAAACCGAAAUCGACGCACCGGCGGUACUUCGUGCUGCGGGCCGCCUCGGAACGCGGUCCGGCUCGGCUCGAGUACUACGAGAACGAGAAGAAAUUCCGCAGCAAGGCGCCCGUCCCGAAGAAGACAGUGAGCCUGGAGACGUGCUUCAACAUCAACCGACGGGCGGACUCCAAGAACAGGCACAUGAUCGUGCUGUACACCCGCGGCGAGAGCUUCGCGAUCGCGGCGGAGAGCGAGGAGGUCCAGAACGAGUGGUACCAGGCCAUGUUGGACCUUCAGUGCAAAAGCAGGACUCCCAGCGAGGGCAGCGGCGGUGACAUGCCAUCUCCAGGCCCCCCCUUCAAAGAGGUGUGGCAGGUGAAGGUGUGGCCCAAGGGCCUGGGACAGGCUCGGAACCUGGUGGGCGUCUACCGGCUGUGCCUCACGGACAAGACGGUGAGCUUUGUGAAGCUGAACUCUGAUGCCGCCGCCGUGGUGCUGCAGCUGAUGAACGUGCGCCGCUGCGGACACUCCGAGAAUUUCUUCUUCGUGGAGGUGGGCCGCUCGGCGGUGACCGGCCCCGGCGAGUUCUGGAUGCAGGUGGAUGACUCGGUGGUGGCCCAAAACAUGCACGAGACACUGCUGGAGGCCAUGAAGGCACUGAGUGAGGAGUUUUGCCAGCGGACUAAGUCCCAGUCAGUGGGGGCUCUUGCCGGUGGCGGCAACGCCUCCAACCCCAUCAGCGUCCCCUCCCGACGCCACUACCCCAAUCCACCUCCGAGCCAGGUGGGCUUUACACGGCGGCCUCGCACUGAAACCCCCGGGACUGGAGGGGGCAGCAGCACCAACACCUCCCCCACUUCUCGCCACAGUUUCCCCAGAGCACGCACAGCAAGCAUUGGGGCUGGGACGGAGGAGGGUGGGGCAUCAGCAGGAGGGUUAGGGUCUGGGUACAGCCUGAGCGGCUCCUGCUCCACCACUCCAAACAUGAGGCUGAAGUCCCGUGCCCCAACUCCAGCCAAAAUCCCACUGAGUUUAGCUUGUUACUCCUCAAACCCUGUCACCUCCCCGGCACCAAGCCUGUCCUCCAGCUCAGGCCAUGGGUCCGAAUGUGGGAUAACUGGGGCAGGGUUAGGAGUGGCAGGGAUCUAUGCCUAUAGCCGCUAUGUUCCUCAGGGGGUUUCUGGUUCCCCUAGUGACUAUGGCUCAUCAGAUGAGGGUGGCUGCAGCCCUGGCGAGAACUCCUUGCUCACUCCAGACCUCCCGGGGGCUUCAGCUGGAGGUCUGGGCUGCCACUCCCCAUUGGAGGAGCCGUCAAACUACAUUGCGAUGGGCCAGAGGGUCGUUGGCCCCUCCCGCAGGCUGCUGCGGCGCUCCUCCAGCCGAGAAUGCGAAGCGGAGCGACGGUUACAUAGCAAGAGGGCUUCUCUGCCCCCUUCGGCUCUGGAGCGGCCCUUGGCUAGCGAGGCCAGGGACGAAGAUGGCAAGGCCGAGGACUAUGCCGUCAUGUCCCGUAGUCACAGCAGGGAGUCCUUCACUUCAUGUAGAGACUCUGCCACAGGUGCUACCGGCAGUGGAGGGUAUCUGGACAUAGCAGGGGAGGUUACGGCUAAGGAUGAGGGCCAGGGUGGAGUGGGAGGAGGACGGGCAGGAGGAGAACGGAUGGUGGAUAAUGGGUACAUGACGAUGUUGCCGGGGGUGACCUCUCCUCCCGUUUCCUUGUCACUUUCCCUUUCGCCCGCGGUCUCAGCCCCAAAGGCUGCUGGCAGUGAAGAGUACAUGGCCAUGACCCCCAACAACAGCGUGUCCCCUCCUCGUCACAUCCGGCCCUCAGGCUCUGAGGGGUACAUGGUGAUGUCCCCAAAUAGCAGCUGCUCCCCAGACCAGCAUGGGAUGGGUUUGUUAGGCAGCGGCUGGGGAAGCAGGAGAUCGAUGGACGGUAGAGCGGGAAGUGACUACAUGAACAUGUCUCCCAUCAGCCCACGCUCCGCCAGCAGCACACCCCCACAAUACCAUGGGCAGCACCUGCAGCAGCCGCCCCCGAAGAUGGUCUUUUCCUACUGCUCACUGCCUCGAUCUUACAAACACACACUAUCUACCCCAUUCCAGGAUGAGCUUGGGCAAGGCACAAGGCCAGGAUGCCGUGGGAACAAUGACCCGGAGUGCCGGAGCAAGGGGGCAGACCACCCGAGCAGACCGGAAGCUUCCACAGGCCCUAAGGAAGGCCACCACCUGUCCCUCUCUUCCUCCUCGUACUCCUCCAGCUCCGCCAGCAGCGAAAGCCUUGAAGAGAGACACGCUCAACUCGUUGAAGCCAUAACGGGAAAAGGAAGACUUGGAUCUUUUGGAAACCUUGGUGAGAGCUUUAAGGAUGGAGCACUGCAGCAGAGGCGUGUGCCAGUGGGGCAGAAGCAAUGCAACUUGCAGCCAAUAAGAGGCCGGCCGUCCAGCCUCUUUGUCCAUGUCUCCAAAGCCAGCACCCUCCCUCGGGUGCGGGAACACCCUCUCCUCCCUGCAAAUCAGAGUCCUGGGGAGUAUGUCAGCAUUGAGUUCAAAGGAAACAUGGCAGGGACACAGGGGGGCCUGGCACGCGGACCAUUGCACAACACCCCUGGACACUUCCGGCGACCUACUGCCUGUCUGGCUGGCUCAUUGACACUCCCCCGAAGUGUGUCUGCUCCCCUCGCCCCACUUGCUGCCUCUGAGUAUGUCAACAUGGAACUGGGUACUUCUCCUGCUUCUUCGCCUCAUUCUCUGAUGCCUCUUGGCUUCCGUUCAGGGAAGAGCCCUCCCAGCCAACUUGCUGUCGUGCCGAAGGCUCGCCGCGAGCGCCAGGUGGGUCCUCGGGAGGGCGAGUUGCCGGAUUCUGGCCAGGGGAAGAAUGGCGUACCUGUGGCCAUCACACCGGAGAUGGCGUCAUCUUGUGACUACACUGAGAUGGGCUUCACAUUUGGGGCCGCUGUGCCAUCUGAGUGUGCCAAUCCAGGGCCUCCCAAGACUGCCGUUGGCCAUACAUCUUCCAUGGAGCUAGGGAUAGACUACCUGCCAACGGAGAUCAACACUGGCCCAGAGCAAGGCCACAAAACAAUUCGGGUGAACUCCCAGGCUCGGCGACGCCACUGCUCGGAAACCUUCCUCGCUCUCUCCUCCCCUUCCUCCUCCACGUCUCCUCCUUCGCUGUUUCCCAAGCACGGCCAAUCAGCGACUCGGAGGCAAGCGAUGGACGGCAUACUAUGGGCCAAUGCCGUGGCCUCUCCAUAUGUCAACCCCAGGCCUCCCUCACUGCCUGCCGCCCAGCCUUCUUCCAUGGAGCAGGGCCUCAACUACAUCGACCUGGACCUCGUUAGUAAGGAGGGUCCUCAUUCGGCACUUGAAGGUUCAUCUCCUAACCAGCCUCUUCCAGGUCGACUCUUCGCCUCCGUCCUUGGUGGUGGACUCGGCGGGUGCGUCGGAGGGGGAAGCAGCGGCGGAAUAAGCCUCAACACUUACGCCAGCAUUGACUUCUACAAGUCUGAGGAGCUUCGGACCCACCAGAACGGCAGCAAGGAUGGUACAGAAUGCUAAUGGCGCCGCGCCCCUGCCCACACUGCGACUCGCCUGUGACUGGAGCUCCCUGCCAAUCAAAAGCAGCGACACCUGUGAGGGUCUCCAAUCAGGAUUAUGAGGGCGGUCCUGCAUUGCUGGACACGCCCCUGGAGUGCUUUUAAUAUGCUGUCUUUUGUUAAUUUAUUUUUAAGUCGACUGCAACCGACAAAAAAAAAAUUAUAAUAAAAAAUCAUGUGCCAAAAGACUCUGAAAGUGAGGAACGCCAAUGAACUCUAUGGAUCUCUGGUAAACACAGAGAAUCCAAGGAACCAUAAAGAACUCCAAGGAUCCCUAAUGAACCCUGCAGAACCCUGAGGAAUCCCAAGGAUCCCUAAGGAACCCUACAGAGCCCUGAGGAAUCCCAAGGAUCCUAAGGAGCCCAGUGGAACCCUGAGGAAUCCCAAGGAUCCCUACCUAGCUCAGCGGAACCCUGAGGAAUCCCAAGGAUCCCUACCUAGCUCAGCGGAACCCUGAAGAAUCCCAAGGAUCCCUAAGGAACCCAGAAGAGCCCCGAGGACCCCAACUUGUAGAAAAUCAUAAAAUUAUAUAGACCCUAAAUGCCAAGCAGGAACCAAUUAAAUUUAUUCUCUGUUCUAUUAAUAAUAUUAAUAAUAACAAUACUAAUAAUUGUAAUUAACAUGUUAUAUAAUCCAAAACUUAUAAUGAAAUAUAGUGAUUAUAUGAUUACUGAACACGUGUAUCACUUUUUAAAAGUGCCUUUUAAUUUGAUUGUAGCCAUUUUACUAAGAUAAUCAUGAAUAGGUCAAACAGAGUAAAAGGUUCUUCAUUUGUCCAUUUUUGUAGUAUCCACUGGAAGACAGAGGUAAGUCUCUGUCUGUAGGACUGCAGCGUUUCUCAGUCACGCCGCAAGGCUGGUCGACCAGGCGCCCCACCCCCACCCCCCACAGAAUCCGCCACAGGAGAUUUCUGUACUUUGUGGGAACUCACAUGUGUAGCCAGGAAUCACGCGUGCGCGAACACACGCCGUGCACGUGCUGCGGGACCUCCGAGCGUAUUCAUACACGCACACUCGACCUUGACGUCCGCCUGAUCAUUGGCUGAGGACCGUGAGCGCCCCCUGGAGCCGACGGGGUGCAAGGUGCCCUUCCUAGGAGCAGCAGUGGAACUGAGUGGGUGUGUCCAGUGCACAGGGUAUUUCCCCGCGUGUCCCGGCAUCCUCCAUCUGCUGGGCGCCAGGGUUACUUACAUUUAGCAGCAAACUUGGGAUGCGACUGUAGUGUCACGUUCUGACUGUGAUCCUUGCACACUCAUUCCUCCUUUCUUUCUUUCAUUCCUCCUUUCUUUCUCCUUUUCCUCUUCAUCUUCGUCAUCCUUUCCACUGAUUUUUGUGUGCUUCUCUUCCUUUUCUCUAACUUUCCCUUCUCUCUUCCUUUUCUCAUUUCUCUUUCUAUCCCUCUCAUCUUCCUCUCCAUCUUCCACUCCUCUCCCCUGUACGCUCCCUUUUCUCUCUCUCGUUCUCCUUUCUCUUCCCUCCCUCUCCCUCUCCUCCCCCUCUAUAGACACACCUACCCCUAGCUCCAGAAACACUGAAGUGCCUGCAGUCCUUCACCUGGGUUCAGAGACAAUGCCCCGCCCUCUUGACCCUGCCCCCAGAUCCUGGCCCCGCCCACUUACACAUACAACCAGCCAAUACAGAUAUAAUGUCAGUGUUCCAAAGGAUCUGGCUCUUAUUGUGCAAAAGAUAAUGUCAUGUGACAUCACACCACAGUCAAACGUUUGAAAUGUUCCUUCUGCACCAGACCCCCCU